AUGGCACCCAUCGAGUUGAACGAUCCGACCUUGCUCCAUGAGAGAUCGCUCUUGAAUGGCCAAUGGGUUCAAUCAAAAUCUGGUCAAACGUUCGAGGUUGAAGACCCUGGUACUCGAAAAGUCUUUGCGAAUCCCACCAAUAACGAUGUUAACGAUGUUGAUGACUAUGUCACAACAUCUGAGGCUGCCUUCCAAAAGUACAAGCAUGUCAAUCCUCGAGAAAGGGCCAAGAUCUUGCUCAAGUGGCACGAGCUCAUCACAGCUGCUCGCGACGACAUCGCUAAGAUUGUGGUGUAUGAGACUGGCAAACCAUUGACUGAAGCCCUUGGAGAGGUCGAUUAUGCACUAGGCUUUGCUUGGUGGUUUGCCGGCGAAGCCGAACGGAUUCGCGGCUCCAUUGCACAGCCUUCUAUCGGUAAUAGACGCACAUUCGUGAUCAAACAGCCCAUCGGCGUAAGCGUCGCACUCGUCCCUUGGAACUUCCCUAUCGCUAUGACCAUCCGCAAGGUUGCUGCUGCCCUCGCAGCGGGUUGCACCAUGAUUCUGAAGCCAUCUCCCGAGACUCCUUUGAGCGCCAUGGCUCUAGCUGAUCUUGCGAUCCGUGCUGGGAUACCACCUGGUGUCUUGAACAUUAUCUCGACCGAUAAUGUCAAUACACCUUCUGUCGCAGAAGCCCUCUGCAAACAUCCAUUAGUUCGAAAGGUUACGUUUACUGGCAGCACAGCAGUGGGUAGCAUUGUCGCGAGGAACUGCAGUGUUGGUCUGAAAAAAGUGACAAUGGAGCUGGGAGGCAACUGCCCCUUUAUUGUCUUCAACGAUGGAGACUUGGAACAGGCACUUGCUGCCCUCAUGAUUCUCAAGUGGCGAACUGCUGGCCAGGCAUGCACACACGCAAAUCGGGUCUAUGUUCAAAGUGGUAUAUACGACAAGUUCGCCGAAUUGCUGCUUCAAGCAACGCGGAAGCUUUCCGUGGGACACGGCAUGGUUUCAAAUACCACCAUGGGGCCUCUCACAACAGGAAGAGGGGUUGAAAAGCUCCAGAGACAGGUGCAAGAUGCGAUCAGCAAAGGUGGCCAGAUCCUUUGUGGUGGCAAGCGACCAAACAAUCUAUCUCCCGAAUACGAAAACGGCUAUUUCUUCGAGCCAACUAUUAUUGCCAACAUGUCGUCAGAUAUGUUGACAACCAAGGAGGAGACGUUUGGACCACUGUUGGGCUUAUAUAAGUUUGAGACUGAAGAAGAAGUUGUUCAACUGGCCAAUGACACAAGUAUGGGCCUUGCCUCUUACUUCUUUACCCAGGACGUGAACCGCACCUGGAGGCUACUUGAGAAUCUCGAAGCAGGAAUGAUUGGCAUGAAUACCGGAAAUUCAUCAUGCGCAGAGUCUCCAUUUGGCGGAAUCAAGCAAUCUGGAUAUGGAAAGGAGGCAGGCAAGGAUGUUGCCAUCGAGGAGUAUCUAAUCUCCAAGACCGGUACUCUGACUGUAUAA